AUGCAUGUUUGCUCAUUUAUCGGUCUGCUGAGUCUGGCAAUAGUUCAAAGCAGCAGAGCAGAUGAUUUCACACCCAUAGUUGCUCCCGUGCAUGGCGAAUGCCGAUCAUUUGCCGCCGACAGCAUCGACGUCGGCACCACAGCAGCGCCACCUGUCGUCGUCAUCCAGCAGGCCGUCAAGCUCACAUCGCAGCAGUGCUGGUGGAAGCUUGUGGCGCCCCCUGGGCGGCGUCUGCUCGUCCACGUAACCUACGGCGUCUGCAGCGCCGUCGCCAACUCGCGGUUCGACAUAUAUGAGUACGUGGGCGGAGCGCAGCGCCACCUGCUGGACACCUGCAAUGAGAUGCAGUCCGUGUACAUCACGUCGCAGACGAACGCGGUUGUCAUCUACCUCAAGGGGGAGCCAGCGGCGGUUUAUCAAGGCUUUGAGGCGUUUGUAGAAGCGUACAGCGUGUAUAAUAGUGUAGGGAUGAAAAUGUUAUCGCCGCAGUCAACCACCGUACCCGUGGCGCCAUCUAUGGGAACGAUGCGGACUCAUACGGAUGGUGUCAAUGAAAGCACCGCAACGCCCUCUAUACUCACAAGCGAAGUGAGCAGCGGUUCUGCGAUAUCGGCCCCAGCAGAGACGGUGGCGCCACCUGCUCGCGGAGGAAAGCUGUUUAUGGUGGUGGCUUCGGUGGCAGCAGCCGUGGCCGUGUUACUCAUCGUUGGUCUUACUGCGUACAUCGUGAUCACAAGACGGAGAAACAAGGAAACCAAAGUUCCAACAAUCCGCUUCAAUUACUCAACCAGCGAAAAAUGUCGCACAGAGUUGCAGUCCCAACCGCCGCCAGGUGGCCGCAUACAAUGGUGA